AUGCAUCAAAUAAACAGAGAUUUUUUUCAUUUGAUGGAAGUUAGCGAUGCAGGCAGGCUUCUAAAUGUUAUGUGGAUUCAUCCUCGUAGCAAAGCAGCCUAUGAAGAGUUUCAUGAUGUUGUAAGUUUUGACACCACAUAUCUUGUCAACAAAUAUAGAAUGCCUUUUGCUACUGUUGUAGGAAUUAAUCACCACGGACAAUCAAUUUUAUUAGGAUGUGCUUUGGUUACGCAUGAAGAUAUUCGAUCAUUUAAGUGGCUUUUCUCAAAUUGGCUUGAAGCAAUGGGAGGUAUACAUCCUCAUGCUAUUUUAACAGAUCAGUGUGAGAGUAUCAAGGCAGCUACAAGGGAAGUUAUGCCUAACACUAUUCAUCGGUUUUGUCUUUGGCAUAUCAUGUGCAAACUACCUCAAAAGUUGAAAAAUGUUCCUGAAUUUGGCAGCGUGAGCCUAGAGUUCAAAACUAUAAUCUACGAAAGCCUUACUGUUGAAAUAUUUGAAACUAAUUGGAACAGUUUUAUAACAAGGCGUGGAUUGGAAAAUAAUGAUUGGUUAAUUGACUUAUAUGAUAAAAGGGAAAGUUGGGUUCCCGUCUUCCUACAUCAUUAUUUUUGGCAGGAAUGUAGCACAUUGAAACAAUUUGUUGAGCAAUAUGAAGUUGCUAUCACUGACAAGUUGCAUAAAGAGUUACUUGUAGAUUUUGAAUCCAAAAAUAAAAUAGUGAAGUGCAUUUCUGAUUUCUCCUUUGAAAGUUGGAAUGGAAUGGAAAAGGAUAAGAUAUUUAAAACUGUGCAAAAUUUCUUGAAGAAGCUUUCCUUAGGUUUUGUGACAUCUGGACUUCAAGAUAUGGGUGUAGAUGCAGCUGUCAGAGCCUCAAUGUGCUAG